UUCAUGUAUUCCAUUUGCCAGUUUUUAACACCACACACAUAACCAACCAAAUAUAACCAAUGAAACAAUACACACCAAAAAAAAAAAAAAAAAUGAAAAAAGAGAAAAAAAAAUGAAAACCAACAUAGAUCAAAGAAGGAAGAGAAAAGAAAAGAACCGUCUUCUUCCCCUUCCUUUUGCAUGGCACCCUUGUUGUACACCUUCAUCUUCCUCGUCUUCGACCUCGUGCGCCUCUCAAACUCCGCGCCUUCGAUGGAGCUCUUAACGCGGUCAUGCAGAGACAAAGUUGUCCGCAACGUGACCAACUAUAUCGUCAACUAUGAGAAGAUUGUGGGGUCCAUGGUGGAGAACAUGGAACGAGACAAGUUUGCUAUGGGGGAAAUAGGGGACCCACCUGAACGUUUGUAUGUUCUUUCCCAAUGUACGGGAGAUCUGUCCGGCAAAGAUUGUUUGGCAUGUUUUCAUGAGAUUAAAGAGAUUUUGAUGGGUUGUUUCCCCAACACCGGAGGCCGGAUUUUCUUCGGCGGCUGCUACAUCAGAGCUGAGAAUUACCCCUUCUUCAAUCUGCCCGUUGAGCCAGAUGAUCUGAGGAAAUGCGGUGAUAGCGUCAAUACGCAGCCGGAAUUCAGCGACAUGGUGAGGAAAAAGAUCAACGAGCUGGUGAGGUCAACCGCGGAAAGUGGCUCCGGAGUGGCCUACAAGAGGACGCGUCAUAUAUUUGUCCUUGUCAUGGCUACUUGCUGGAAAACUAUGGACCGCAACAUGUGCAAUGUGUGUGUCGAGAAGGCAGCACAAGUUUGCUCUUCAUGUCUACCCUCUACUGAGGGACGUGUGCUAAAUUCUGGCUGCAUCUUACGUUACGCCGAUUACGAUUUUGGGAACAACCGUGCCCUAAGAGCCAAAGAUAUUAUGUUAAUAUAUGCAACGUACGUCUUUGUUGGGCUUUCCAUCAGCGCACUGAUUGCUGCAGUGGGAAUCUAUGUGAGCAGAACUACAUACAAGCGAAAGAUUCGCCGCUGGAAAACACAUAAUAAAGGGAUGCACAUGGAUUUCUCAGUGACAAAGAGGGGCUUGAACUUCUUGGAGUUCAAGUUCUCAACACUUGAGAAAGCAACAGAGUGCUUUGAUGAGGCCCACAAGCUUGGUCAAGGAGGCUAUGGUGAAGUAUUCAGGGGAAAGCUGGCUGAUGGUAGAGAAAUAGCGAUAAAACGUUUGUUUGCAACUGGAAAAACUCAGAGUGAAGUGAUUUGCAACGAAAUCGAUGUCAUAAGUAGUGCUCAACACAAAAACUUGGUUCGCUUCCUCGGUUGCUGUUUCACUACUACAAACAGUUUCCUUGUUUAUGAAUUCCUUGUCAACAAAAGCCUUGACCGUAUUUUAUUUGACUCAGAGAGGAAGAAAGAAUUAGACUGGAAAAAGAGACUGCAGAUAAUCGUAGGAACAGCUGAGGGUUUGGAGUACCUCCACAAAGGCUGUCAAAUGAGAAUAAUUCACAGGGACAUCAAAGCAAGCAACAUUCUAUUGGGCUCGAGAUUUAAACCAAAAAUCGCUGAUUUCGGCUUGGCAAGGUUUUCUUCAUGUGGCAGAAACCUUUCUGGUGCCACCAUUGCGGGAACAUUUGGUUAUUUGGCUCCUGAAUACCUUGCUCAAGGAAGAUUAACCGAAAAAGUAGAUGUUUAUAGCUUUGGGGUUCUUGUGUUGGAGAUAGUAACUGGUGUGAGGAACAACAAAUUGAAUCCCAAUGCUCCGUUUGAAACGCUAGUUGCUCAUGCGUGGAAACACUUCCAAUCAAAUACAGUGUUGGAGAUCAUAGAGAAAAGCAUGGAAAUGGAGAUUAAAGACAUUGAAGAAGUGAAAAGAGUUGUGCAAGUGGGCCUAUUAUGUACCCAAGAAUCACCAUCUUUACGUCCUAGCAUGACAAUUGCAUUACAAAUGCUUAAACAAAACGACAUCGAAUUGCCAACGCCAUCCAAGCCUCCUUUCAUUGAUGAACAUUUGGAAUUAUCUUCUUCAUCGGACUCUUGUCGGUGUCAACCUUCAUGCAUAUCUGAUUUAUGUACACGCACGCCACAAAACGUUCUAACGCUACAAUGA